AUGAAGACCAAGGAGCUCUCCAAACAGGUCAGGGACAAAGUUGUGGAGAAGUACAGAUCCGCCCUCCCGGUCUCGCUCCAGCCCUCCCAUGUCUCGCCCCAGCCCUCCCGGUCUCGCCCGGCCCUCCCAUGUCUCGCUCCGGCCCUCCCAUGUCUCGCCCGGCCCUCCCAUGUCUCGCCCCGGCCCUCCCAUGUCUCGCCCCGGCCCUCCCAUGUCUCGCCCCGGCCCUCCCAUGUCUCGCCCGGCCCUCCCAUGUCUCGCCCCGGCCCUCCCAUGUCUCGCCCGGCCCUCCCAUGUCUCGCCCCGGCCCUCCCAUGUCUCGCCCCCGGCCCUCCCAUGUCUCGCCCCGGCCCUCCCAUGUCUCGCCCCGGCCCUCCAUGUCUCGCCCCGGCCCUCCCAUGUCUCGCCCCGGCCCUCCCAUGUCUCGCCCGGCCCUCCCAUGUCUCGCCCGGCCCUCCCAUGUCUCGCCCGGCCCUCCCCGGUCUCGCCCGGCCCUCCCCGGUCUCGCCCGGCCCACCCAUGUCUCGCUCCAGCCCACCCAUGUCUCGCUCCAGCCCUCCCCGGUCUCGCCCCAGCCCUCCCCGGUCUCGCUCCAGCCCUCCCAUGUCUCGCUCCAGCCCUCCCAUGUCUCGCUCCAGCCCUCCCAUGUCUCGCUCCGGCCCACCCAUGUCUCGCUCCAGCCCUCCCCGGUCUCGCCCCAGCCCUCCCCGGUCUCGCUCCAGCCCUCCCAUGUCUCGCUCCAGCCCUCCCAUGUCUCGCUCCAGCCCUCCCAUGUCUCGCUCCAGCCCUCCCAUGUCUCGCUCCAGCCCUCCCAUGUCUCGCUCCAGCCCUCCCAUGUCUCGCUCCCAGCCCUCCCAUGUCUCCCUCCAGCCCUCCCAUGUCUCGCUCCAGCCCUCCCAUGUCUCGCCCCAGCCCUCCCAUGUCUCGCUCCAGCCCUCCCAUGUCUCGCUCCAGCCCUCCCAUGUCUCGCCCCAGCCCACCCCGGUCUCGCUCCAGCCCACCCCCGGUCUCGCUCCAGCCCACCCCAGCCCUCCCAUGUCUCGCUCCGGCCCACCCCAGCCCACCCCGGUCUCGCCCCAGCCCACCCCGGUCUCGCCCCAGCCCUCCCAUGUCUCGCUCCAGCCCACCCCGGUCUCGCCCAGCCCACCCAUGUCUCGCUCCAGCCCACCCCAGCCCUCCCAAGUCUCGCUCAUGCCCUCCCAUGUCUCCCUCCAGCCCACCCCAGCCCACCCCAGCUCACCCCGGUCUCGCCCCCAGCCCACCCCGGUCUCGCCCCCAGCCCACCCCGGUCUCGCCCCAGCCCUCCCAUGUCUCGCUCCAGCCCACCCCGGUCUCGCCCCAGCCCACCCAUGUCUCGCUCCAGCCCACCCUAGCCCUCCCAUGUCUCGCUCCAGCACUCCCAUGUCUCCCUCCAGCCCACCCCAGCCCACCCCAGCUCACCCCGGUCUCGCCCCAGCCCACCCCGGUCUCGCCCCCCAGCCCACCCCGGUCUCGCUCCAGCCCACCCCAGCCCUCCCAUGUCUCGCUCCGGCCCACCCCAGCCCACCCGGUCUCGCCCCAGCCCACCCCGGUCUCGCCCCAGCCCUCCCAUGUCUCGCUCCAGCCCACCCCAGCCCUCCCAUGUCUCGCUCCGGCCCACCCCGGUCUCGCUCCAGCCCACCCCAGCCCUCCCAUGUCUCGCUCCGGCCCACCCCAGCCCUCCCAUGUCUCACUCCAGCCCACCCCAGCCCUCCCAUGUCUCGCUCCGGCCCACUCCAGCCCACCCCGGUCUCGCUACAGCCCUCCCAUGUCUCGCUCCGGCCCACCCCGGUCUCUUGA